AUGGCCUCCAGAAAUGGUGUCGACCGCCGGGACGACGAUGAGGUUUGCCCCGUAUGCAAGUCCUCGCGGUACCUGAACCCGAAUAUGCGGUUUCUCAUCAACCCGGAAUGCUACCACAAGAUGUGUGAGUCCUGCGUGGACCGCAUUUUCUCGUCCGGUCCAUCCAGUUGCCCAGUUGCAGGUUGCCGCAAGACACUGCGUAAGAACAGAUUCCGGGCCCAGACCUUUGAGGAUAUAGGAGUAGAGCGAGAGGUUGAUAUACGGCGGCGCGUGAUGCACAUUCUGAAUCGCCGAGAAGAUGAAUUCGAUAGCAAGCGCAACUACGACGACUUCCUCGAGCAACGCGAAGAGAUAAUUGCCAACCUAGUCUCUCGCAUCGACGUCGCCAAAACCGAAGCCCAGCUCCAAGCAUACGCCUCCGAGAAUAUGGACUCCAUCCGCGCAAACCAAGCCCUUGAAGAGGAAGAAGCCUCCACCUUCCAAGCCCGCGUGACAAAGGAACAAGAAGAAGCGCGCCAACGCCGCCAAGCAGAACGCGACCGGCUCGACGCCGAGCGCCGCGAAAUGCAAGCUGGCCGAGAAGAUUUCUUAUCCCGGCUGGCCUCCGGCUCCAGUGCAGACGCAGGCAAGAUUGCUCGGGAAGGCCACAAGGUUCUUCUCAAGAAAUCUUCCGCACGGCGCAGCGAGGAGGAUCGCAUUCGACAGAAACAAGCUGCGCUGCGCGGGUCCGAGACCAAGCGGACUGGCACGACUUUGUCUUCGGUGGAGAAGUCGGGCGACUCGGGGCUUAUUAAGGGCUUGCGGAAGAUCAAGACGCCUGAGCCGGAGAAGCCAUAUGAUCCGUUCAUGGGCUAUGUGCCUGAAAAGCGGGACUAUUAUACUCUCAAGCAGUCCUACCCGUCUGGAUAUCUUGAUCGCAUCCGGAAUGAUCCCCAGGCGCAGGCCGGUGGGUAUGACUUGCGAGAGUAUUAUUCUCGGACGCUUCUGGAGGCUUUUGCUGGGUUAGGCGUCUUUGUUGAAGAGGAGGUUACUCGGCGGGAUGUCAGCCAGGCUGCUGCGACAGAGGGCGCGGCGGUGGCCGUCGAAGAAUAA